AUGGCGACCUCACCAAUGAAGCGAGCCUCGCUGGCUCCCGAAGAUUACGCGGCACCUCGAAAGCGGCAGAGGACUGGGUUUUCUCGUGCCGGCGGCUCAGGAAUCGUAGUGCAGGCGGCUUCAGAGGACCCUGCACAUACAAAACCACCGUCACAAGACGAGCAGGCUCGCGCCGGCCUGCGGCGAUCCAUCACGCUCGCCCUCGAGCAUGUCGGCUUUGACACAGCAUCGCCUGAGGCUCUAGAGAGCUUUACUGCAAUGACGGAGACAUACCUACAAUCAUUGAUAGAAGACACCAAAUUACUAGCACAUACGGCGCGCCGUGCACAGCCCAGUCCCGCCGACUUCGACCUCUCUCUUGCACGGUUUAACCUGUGCACAUCGGCUUUGAAGCCGCACCUGCGGAAUCCCGUCGCGAAAUCCAAGCUCAGGCCGACGUACUUCAACCCUCUGGCCGAAUACCCCGGCGCCGCACCAGAGCUGCCUCUGAUAGGAGACGAGCUGAGCGGUAGGAUGGAGAAGGAAUCCCGCGCGUACAUCCCCAAGGGGUUUCCCGACUUCCCCAGCAUACAUACGUAUAGGGCGACGCCCAUCGACGUCGACUCGGUCACAGUGCGCGGCACCGGCCUACGGUACGACGACGGGACGCCCGUCAAGACAGGCGGUAGGCUCGACCACCUCGCCGUCGAAGGGCCCCGCGGAGACCCCAAGAGGGUCCGGGAGGCCGCGGCGCGAGAGGCGAAGCAGGCGGAGGAGGCCCUGCGCGGCCUCGUCCGGGCGAGCAAGAUCAACGCCCUUAAGGAGGUGCGUGCGACGGCGGUGCGCAACCCGCAGAGCAAGGAGCGCUACGACCUGUGGGAGGCGGCGAUGCGCGAACUGAUGGACGAGUCCGGCAAGUCGAAGCCCAGGGCCAUGGCGGACGCCGGGACGUCCCGCCUGGAAAUCGCUGAUCAUAGUAUGAUUGUCAAUGCGGAGAGGGCCUUUUACCGGCGGGAGAUCUCGAGGGGAGGCAAGAGGAGUGCGCGUGAGGGUAUGGUGGGCAAGAGCUAG